AUGGAUCUACUGAAAGAAUUAGAAGCUAAGAAGGAGAAGUUACGAUUACUAAAAGAGAGAAGACUGUUGAUUAAUGAAGGUAAUUAUCAUGCCAACAAUAUUGUGAAUGAUCGGGAUGCUGAUUUUAUUGAUGCUAAACCCCAUGAUAUGGGGGAAAAUGGGAAAAACCAUUCAAAAAAAACUAUGACAGAUGCUGCUGUCCAAACAGAUGAUUUCUCAACUGAAUCAACUUUACCUGCGUUAUUAACUUCUAUGAAUGAUGCUUCUGAAUAUAUUACCGAAACAAGGACUAAAGUCAAAACUUUUGAUCAUGGUGUUCAAACAGAUGGUAAUGAUAGUAUCAAUAAUAAUACCACUGGUGGUAAUAAUAAUAGUAAUAAUAAUAGUAAUAAUAACAGUGAUUCUACGUAUAAUAUAAUAAAAGAGGGUUCUUUUGCUUCAAAUAAUUCUGAUAUAAUUUCAUCAGAGACAAAAAACAAAUCAUCACGAAUAUUUGAAGAGGACAAAAUGCUGAAAAAGAACACAUCCAAGUUGUUUGAAUUGAAACCUUUAAUAAUAGAUAAUGGAUUUUUAAUAGAGCAUGGGACUAAUAAAAUCAGUAAUAACCGUACCAAUAGUAAUACUAAUACGUAUGAAAGCUUUGCAUCUUAUUGGUAUUCAAGAGGGGAAAAUGUCAUAGAAAGAACUAACAUAGAUAUACAACAGGAGAGUGGAAAAACUCAAAAUGAUAAAGUCCUAAAAAGUAUUAAUAACAUCUAUUAUCUUCAUACAUGUGAGGUUAAGGACAAUCAGCAUAGAGAUGUUGAAGUAGUUUGUAAAUCAAUUGAUUUCGAUAUCAAUCGACAUGUCACACUUGUCACUUUCAGUACCAUACAUACAUUUUCAAAUAAACCAAAAAUCGAUAUGGAAACUGUUGUGCCGAAAAGUUUUAUUUAUGUUAUUGAUACAUUUACAGAUAGAAUUAUAGAUAAGCUUGAAUUUUUAGGUCAAAUAAUAACAAAAAAUAAGAUUUUGCGUAACGAUAUGGAAAUGCAUGACAUAAUAUCUAUGAUAUUGUUAACUGAGAGGGGUAAAAUAAUCUUAUAUGAAUUAAAGAAAAAUGUCCAACAAGGUGAUAUUAGUUGGGAUAGAAAUAUACUUAUUAAAAAUUAUCAUUUAAGUUGUGAUUAUUUGAAUGCGAUAUGGGAAACAAAAUUCAAGUUGGUUGUUGGUGAUUCAAGAGGCUAUAUGUCUAUUUUAAAUUCAUUAGAUUUAUCUUAUGAUAUCACAAUGUUUGUAAAAUAUGAAAAAGAUAAUAAUAGCGAUAAUAAUAACAAUAAAUUUAGAAAUAAAACUGAUUUGUUACUGCCAUCCAGGAUUAAAGUGGUACCACCAUCAAACAGUAUUCUAUAUAGCACAAUUUCUGAAAAAGUGUCAAGUGAAAUUCAAUUAUUUAUUGACAAAUACUUAUCCAAAUUAGUGAUAUUUAAUGAGCUUAACAUUACCAGUAUAGUUGGUUCACCAUUUAACAGUGAGUGCGUAUUUCUAGGUACAGAAGAUGGAGGUAUAUAUAAGAUAUUUUUAGAUGUUUCCAGUGAGAAUGGGGUAUUAAAGAAAGAUAAAAAUGAUAGUAAAGAUGAUAAUAAAAUAAUGAUAAAUACCGAAAAUCACGGGUUUUUACCAAAGAUGCCUAAUGAAUGGUUAUCAUCAAUGGAAACGAAUUUACAUGAAAAGAUAUUAUUUCAUAAUAGCUAUGUGACAAAUUUAUCAAUGGAUACCCAGGGGUUAUUAUUAUCGAGUUCUAUUGAUUGGACGAUUAAAUUAUGGGAUACUAAAGAUAAUCAAAUAUUAGAUUCGAUAAACCUACAAAAACCUGUACUCUCUGUGGAAUGGAUUGCUAUAAGUAAGAAUAAGAAUAAAGAAAUGAAGUGUAACUUAUUAAAUGGAAAAUAUUUAUGUUAUGCGAUGACAUGGGACACAAUAUAUAUAAUACAGUGGUUUAUUGUGAAAGAGGUAGACCCAGACAAGGAAAAAAGAGAGAGACAGUAUUUCAAAAGGAGUCGACCGUGUAAAAUACUAAGUAAAGUUCAUAUCGACCAAAAAUAUUUAAGUUAUAAUCAAUUUACAUCGAGUAAAUUGGUUGUAGACACAAUUGAUGGUGAUAAGAAUUUGAUCAAUACAUUAUUGAUAUUAGGAGGUAAUAUGUCAAGAAUAGAUUACAUCCAGAUGGUUAUAAGUCCAUAUUAG